CCACGGAAAGGAUAAACAAAAAGGAAGGAAGCCUUCGGCGAGACAAUCGCGGCAAAAAUCGGUUCAAAUUUUUACCUCGGAAGCUUUACUUUGUCACUACAUGCACCUUUUGCUCGCUUAAACGGUCACCGCCAGGCGUUCACAGUCAUGGACGACUCGCUGCUGUUUCGCAUGAGCGCAUUUUCCGAUCAAGGAGGGAGAAAAUACAUGGAGGAUGUUAUCGAGAUCCGAAUCGAGUACGAGCCGACGGCGUCAACAGACGAAGAUUAUCCCCAGCCGCGGAGACAUGGAGGACCGGAGAAAACGCAGAGCGGAGCUGCGUCCCAGCCCGUUGGCGAGCCACAUGGCCCCGGGAGAAUAGGGCCGGCCACCGCAGCGUGGGUAGAGAGCUUAUCGGACGAGGACGUUUGCAGCAUCGGUACGCCGGCGUCGAGCGACAGAGACGCAGCCGAGCCUGUUGUCGUCGACACGCGGAGGUCCGUGGCGUUUUUCGCCGUGUUCGACGGCCACGGGGGCCGCGAAGCGGCGCAUUUCGCCAGCGAGCAUCUGUGGGAUCUGCUGAAGAGGCAGCGGGGCUUCUGGUCAGGGGAUCACGGCGAGGUGUGCGCCGCUCUGCGGAAAGGAUUCAUCGCCUGCCACCACGCGAUGUGGAAGGAGCUGCCGGAGUGGCCGAAAACGAUAACCGGCCUACCCAGUACGUCGGGCACCACGGCCAGCGUCAUCGUGAUCCGGGGGGUUCACAUGUACGUCGCUCAUGUCGGCGACUCGGCGGUAGUGGUUGGCGUGAAAGAAGACAACGCGGAUAUCACGCUCCAGGCGCUCGAAGUGACGCAAGACCACAAACCCGAGCUGCCGAAGGAAAAGGAAAGGAUUGAGCGGCUGGGCGGCAGUGUGAUGAAGAAAUCUGGGGUGAACCGUGUCGUGUGGAAGAGGCCGAGGCUGACGCACAACGGCCCCGUGAGGAGGAGCACCGUCAUAGACCAGAUCCCCUUCCUCGCGGUAGCUCGAUCCCUCGGGGACCUGUGGAGCUACGACUUCUACAGCGGAGAGUUUGUGGUCUCUCCGGAGCCUGACACCACGGUGAUGACCCUCGACCCCAAACGGCACCGCUACAUCAUCCUCGGCAGCGACGGGCUGUGGAAUAUGAUGCCGCCCAAGAACGCCGUGAACAUGUGUUACAGCCAUGACAAAAUGGUGGGACCAAAGGGAAUGUCUUGCGCGCGGAGGCUGGGAUGCACGGCUUUGCUGUUUUGGAAGGAGCGCAUGCUCCGGGCGGACAACACGACCGUCAUUGUCCUGGCCCUGCAGGAGCGCGGGGGCCCGCCCAUCCCCAUGCACCGAGACGAGAUCGUUGUCGACAUGGCGACGGGAAUCGACCAAAUCCCGUACCCCGGAACUCCGUACAACACAUGCGAGAUCCAAAAGCCAAGCGGUCCACCGCAAGCCCCCUCCCCAUUUACAGACAGUUCCCAAACGCUGGAGCAGGCCUUCGGGCUCUACGAGGCCGCGUUCUGCACCACCACGCAGCUCUUACCCGACGCCGACUCCACGCUGCACCCUGCGGACGACUCGGCGGACGUCUUCGAAAAGCAGGACCCGUCCAGCACCCAGGUGGACUGCGACGGCUCGGCCCCUCCUUCGAAGAAGCCCUGCCGAUCCUCUCCCAGGCCGUCCGAAGCCAAGGGUCCGAACACGUGGCCCGGCGGGCUCCCCCCCGUCAAAGGUUUCGCGCAGAAGAAUCUUCACGGCCAGACGGACGGUCAGCAGCCUCGUCAGUCCGACGACGGCGAGUCGGGCUCUUCCGAGGACGGUGGCAUCCUGCCGCAGCACAACACGUCCGCCCUGUGCGUGUGCUGAGUCGCGUCUCAUAAAAGCUGCACACCGGUUCAAUACAUGUAUACUUUUAUACAGAGUCUUUUUAUUUGUGUGUAAAUAUGUAAGAUAGAGGGUCUUCUAAAUUUGUUGCCGUUCUGAAUUUUUUUUUUUCUUUCUUUUUUUUGCGUUUCUCCCUGCGCAUCCGUUUAACGUAAAAUCCUUCUAUUCUAAUUUCAUACUUUUAAAUAUGUACAUUAUAACCGUAUAUUUUAAUGGAAAAUGCAUUAAUUUAAAGUGAUUUUAGUUUGAACAGAAUUACGACACAUAAUUCUAAUUUAAUUUUAUUUUUUUUUUUUUUGCUUAUCGAAAGAAACAAACUGUUUUAGAUGUAUUUUAUCCAAGGGAUGAGACAAUGUUUAGCAAUCCCAUGUGUUGCUAUACACAGCAGUGGUCCGAGGUGUAUUAUGCAGGUCUAAUUUGUCAUUUCUUUCAUAUUCUAUAUGUCAGCGUGACUAGUUAUGGCCACGGUCUUCGUUAGGCCGUGUCUCGUUUUUCUUUUUAAAGAGUGGUAAGAAAACAGCAUUACGCCUGCGUCUCUCGGCAAACGUGUCAUUUCGGAGACGACGUUAUUUUUGCAGCGUUCCCGCCGGCUUCGUUUCAUCGUCAUUUGUCGUCUGGGCUUGGAAAUAAAUGUGAUGUUUUUACCCUAAACUUUGCACCUCACUAACGCGUCAACUGUUUCCAGCUGCAGUGGCAUAGAAAGGGGUGCCGGCCUAACGUCGGUUCCUGUUCACGUGCGCCACACCUCUGCAGCUCGGGUUGCUUUGGUUUUGCCGUUUUGCGUACCCAUUGCUUGUCGCGCGUGAAACCCUGACUCGGUUACUAAGCUGACAACGUUUUUUUUUUUUUGUUUUUUUUUUUGCCUCGGGUUUUUGCAUAAAAUUUUAUUGUUGCCUUAGCACGACUGAAUGAGGUACUUUGUGUUUGCGUGUGCUCAUAUUUGAAAAUCCAGAAUCAGGUAACGGAGGGUGUCUCAGCCUUUGGUCACGCGCAUCCUUCCCUGCCCGGCGGGCUCACAGUGGUUCAGCUGCUCCGACCUCAUUUCUUUGUACAGUGCGUAAAUAUGCAACAAACAUUUGUACAGUACUAUGAUAUGCAACGAGUGGGGAUUUUUCAGGAGUUUGGCAUGCUCAGAUAUAUGCUGUAUUUUGGGGUGUGUGUUCGCGUGCGUGUGUGUGUUUGGGGUGAUGUGGAGGGUGAACGUUAACAGGCAUGUUAAUGGGUAUGUUUUGUACUUUUGUCUCGCUUUAUAUUCAAACUGUUGCUGACUUUCAUGUUUACAGUAUAAGUUGCAUACUUUGAAGGUGAUGGCAUACAUGAAAUGUCUGUGUUGUAAUAAAGUUCCUGUCUUUUUUUGUUUGUUUUAAACGGAGCGGCCGUGUCUGUUUGCAUGGUUAGGGGAGGUAUGGCCGUCCGGUGAAUUUGAAUCAAACUGCGCUUUAGUUGUUAUUUUAUGAGCACUUCUGUUCACAGAGCUGGACGCUGGCUGAGGCGACUGUUGCUAAAAGGCUGAGGUGUGGGAUGCUCCUGAAGUUUUGACUAUUUCCAGAAGAUGGCAGUAAAGUCAACGCUUUAACUCUCAGAGCUGUCAAAUUCGUCCAAGACGUUUUUUCCUGCUUUGAAAUAACCCAUGAAUCAAAACACCCUAUCAUUACCUCUUUUUAACCACAUCUGACAUAUACUUCCCUUUAACUCCAACACGUUAACAAGAAUUCCAAGAGGUAUCGUUCUCAGCUUUUAGAUCUGCGUGGCUCCAGACCCCUCUAUACCGUUCCACACCUGACAACUAUGAACUUCAAUGUGUCCUAUGGAAAAGUUGUACAUAUUUAUAAAAUAUGUAUAAAACGUUGGUUUUACAUAUACAAAUCUAAUGCUCCUCUCUGAUACCCCAAAAUAAAAUGUCCUGUGCGUUCCGAAUGCAUCUGUGGGUAAUUUAAUCUGAGUAUAAAUCCAGCUCUUGUAUAAAGGCCUCGGAGGUUUGUUUUAGAGCAUUAAUGAAUAAACCGUAUUAUCAAGACGAAGAAACACACCAGGCUGCUCAGGAAGAAAGCUAUCCCGAAACACU